GCGCUUCCCCAUGGCAAAGGGAGGAUCCUCCGACCGUAGGAACCAAGUGUAGGUUUCAUCAAAAUCGGUUAGUGAGUUUUCAAGAUAUGGACGUGGAAGUGCUAUGAUGUGAUACUUUAUGGUGAUAGCUAUCACCAAAGAGGUUUAUGAGAUAUAUUUUUUCUGAGGUCAAUGACUGUCACGAUGCAUCUGUCACAUUGACUGAUUUUCAUUCGACUUCUUUGAAUGCUCGAAUGCGCUCAUAUGUUCUCAGUCUCAGUGUAAUUUGCUUCUAUUUCUUAUCUACAUCUUGUUAUAUUUGUUAAGUUUCUGUUAGGUUUUUCCUUGUUGACUUUUCGCGUUGUGAUCGUUUGUUGAUUUUUAUAAACGUUAUGGAGCCUCAACCUGGCCCUUCCCGGGAAACAGCCCCAACUGACAGACCACAAGAGUCAGACUUUCUCUCUCCCAGAAAAAAGCGUCCUCGUGGUUCUUUUGCGCCAAACGAAAAGACCAUCAUUCUAAAUAUUUACAAAUAUAAUAUAGAAAAUUGGCCGGAAACAACUGAUUGGAGUGCAAAGGAAUGUGCUAAAAAGACUUCCGAGAUGAUUGGCCUGAGUCUGUCAAGUGUCUAUAAAAUUAUCAAAGAAUAUAAAGACACAAAAGAGUUUCAGAAACCGAAAAAGAGUGGUCCGCAACUAUCUUUCAUACAUAAAUUUGAUGACUUUACUUUUACGACAAUUCGACGAAAGGUUCACGCGUUUUUCUACAGGAACGAAAUUCCGACUAUUGCAAAGGUAACGUUAUUGCUAAGUAAUUCUUUAACUCCUCGAUGCUAAUAUGCUCCCAGUUUAAAACUAUACGUGAUCCUUUGUUACUUGUCUACAUUUAAACUGUAAUGUAAAUGCUUAUUUCAGAUUCACCAAGAGAUAGCUGGUGAUCCAGACAUACCUGUUAUGUCAAAAUCAACAUUAAGAAAUGUCUUGAAGCAUUUAAAUUUUAAAUACGCAAGUCGUAAACGGCGAAGUACGCUAACAGAUCGCGAUGAGAUAAUAUUAUGGCGUCAAAAAUACUUGCACCAAAUUAAACAACAUAGAAGAGAAGGCAGGUUUAUAUAUUACCAGGAUGAAACGUGGGUAAACGAAGGACAUACCGUCAAUAGAGUGUGGUGUGAUACCAAUAUUCAAUCUUCACGGCAAGCUUUCCUCGAUGGGUUGACAACAGGGCUUAAGGCACCCACAGGAAAAGGGAGGCGGCUUAUUAUUAGUCAUAUAGGGAGUGAAGAAGGAUUUUUGGAAGAUAACAUAUUGAUUUUUGAAGCAAAAAAGGGCUUGGCAGAUUACCACAGGGAAAUGACUGGGGAAGUAUUUGAGGAGUGGUUCAUAAAAAUACUUGAAAAAUUGAAACCCAACUCGGUAGUAGUUUUGGAUAAUGCUCCGUAUCAUUCAAGGAAGGUUGAAAAAGUACCAACAAGUGCAUGGAAAAAAAGUGAUAUCCAAGCGUGGUUGACCUCAAAAAAUUUAAAUUUUGAAGAAAAAAUGUUAAAGGUGAAUUUGUUGGAAAUUGUGGGUCAGGAGAAACACAAAUACCAAAAGUGUAUAGUGGACGAAAUGGCCGCAGCACAAGGCAUCACUGUGCUUAGACUGCCCCCAUAUCAUUGUGAGCUAAACCCAAUAGAAUUGGUGUGGGCUCAAGUGAAGGGGCAUGUCGCAAGACACAACACAACCUACAAAAUGGCGGAAGUUAAAAAACUACUACUAGAAGGUAUAAAAAAUGUUACUCCUGAGAAAUGGCAAGCAUGCAUCAGCCACACAAUAAAAGAGGAAGAUAAGAUGUGCACUCUCGACGAUUUUAUCGACAGAGUUACAGAAUCUCUAAUAAUUAAUGUCAGCGAUGCUGAUGAUGAAGAUACUGAUGAUGAUGAUGAUAAUAGUGAUGAUUAGGUAGAGAUUUUAAUAAACAAAUCCAUCAUCAUCCAUCCAUCGUCAUACCUAUAGCAGUUCACUGCUGGACGUAUUCCCUCCCAAAGCACGCCACUGGAUUGGACAGACUCUGCAGCUGGGUAGAAACAACUUCCAAUCAGAGGUCAAUAGAAGAAUACAAUUGGGCUGGGCAGCAUUUGGCAAACUUCGUCAAGUCUUCUCGUCGCCCAUACCACAAAGUCUCAAGACGAAAGUCUUUGAUCAGUGUGUCCUACCGGUUAUGACCUAUGGGGCUAAAACGUGGACACUUACUGUGGGACUGGUUCACAAACUGAAGGUCACUCAGCGAGCUAAGGAAAGAGCUAUGCUUGGAGCUAUGCUUGAAAGAUCGCAUCCGGAACGAAGUAAUCUGACAGAGAACUAAAGUCACCGACAUAGCUCACCGAGUUAGUAAGCUUAAGUGGCAAUGGGCUGGUCACAUCUGUCGAAGAACCGAUGACCGAUGGGGUAAACGUGUUCUGCUGUCUUACUCCCAGCGAUGAGUCGCUGACACAAUUUCACCUGUAUCGCUAAUUUGGUACCACCACCGCACAUUUUAGACUCACAGUUUGCUGUGACGUCACGCAAGCCAGUCAGUGCACACAAUACAAUUUUAUAGAGCGACAUCUCUUUUUUUUACCUCUAUUCAAAUACGAACGCAACAUCUCCCUGACAUCGGCGCGGCUACCGUUUC